GCAGUUGCUCAUGCAGGGUUUGAGUUGCAAACAGCGCAGCGGGGUAAGGCACCUGGGAUUGCUUUGCUGAGUCUCCCCUAGCCACUGGAUCUUACACUCUUUUUAAGUACAUACCUCCCCAGCUCAAAUCCACUGCCAGACCAUGUACUCUCUCUGACGGAUGUGCAAUUGCUAAGCUAACGCUGCAUAUCAGAAGACUCUCCUUGGCGAAGUCAAGGGGCGUUGGAAACGCCGACCUUGCGCGCUCUUUUUUUUCCCGUGUGUGUGUUCCUCUAGAACGUUCAAAACUGUUUCUCCAAAGGGUUUUGCAGAAACUCAGACUGUUUUCUAAAGCAGAAGCCCCUCCGUGCACAGCAGUAGUGAUGGGCAGUGUGCGAACCAACCGCUACAGCAUCGUUUCCUCAGAAGAGGAUGGCAUGAAGCUGGCCACCAUGGCAGUGGCCAAUGGCUUCGGGAAUGGGAAGAGCAAAGUACACACGAGGCAGCAGUGUAGGAGCCGCUUUGUCAAGAAAGACGGCCACUGCAAUGUCCAAUUCAUUAAUGUGGGUGAGAAAGGACAACGUUACCUGGCAGACAUCUUUACCACCUGCGUGGAUAUUCGCUGGAGGUGGAUGCUAGUUAUCUUCUGUCUGGCUUUCAUCCUUUCAUGGCUUUUUUUUGGCUGCGUGUUUUGGCUGAUUGCUCUGUUGCACGGGGAUCUGGAGGAGCAAGCAAACUACAAAACUUGCAUCUCCAAUGUGAGCAGCUUCACGGCCGCCUUCCUCUUCUCCAUCGAAACCCAGACGACAAUCGGGUACGGCUUUAGGUGUGUGACGGACGAGUGCCCCAUUGCAGUCUUCAUGGUAGUUUUCCAAUCCAUCGUAGGCUGCAUCAUCGAUGCGUUCAUCAUCGGGGCGGUCAUGGCCAAGAUGGCCAAGCCAAAAAAGCGAAACGAAACUCUUGUCUUCAGCCACAAUGCUGUGGUGGGCCUGCGGGAUGGGAAGCUGUGCUUAAUGUGGCGUGUUGGAAACCUACGGAAAAGCCACCUGGUGGAGGCACAUGUGAGAGCCCAGCUGCUUAAAUCCAGGGUGACCUCCGAAGGAGAAUACAUCCCGUUGGACCAAAUAGACAUCAAUGUUGGGUUUGAUAGUGGGAUAGACCGCAUUUUCCUGGUCUCCCCAAUUACAAUAGUCCAUGAAAUAGAUGAACAAAGUCCCUUGUAUGACUACAGUAAGCAAGACAUGGACAAUGCAGACUUUGAAAUUGUGGUAAUAUUAGAGGGCAUGGUGGAAGCGACUGCCAUGACUACCCAGUGCCGUAGUUCAUAUCUAGCAAACGAAAUCCUCUGGGGCCACCGGUAUGAGCCUGUGCUCUUCGAAGAGAAAAAUUACUACAAAGUGGACUACUCUCGGUUCCACAAAACGUACGAAGUGCCCAACACACCCCUUUGCAGUGCCAGAGACUUAGCAGAAAAGAAAUACAUUCUCUCUAAUGCAAAUUCCUUUUGCUACGAGAAUGAAGUGGCUCUCAGCAGCAAAGAGGAGGAUGAGAGCGACAACGGGCUCCCAGAAAGCUUGAGCACGGACACCCACCCAGACAUGGACCCUCAUAGCCAAGUUGGGUUGCCACUAGAACCUCGGCCAUUAAGGCGGGAAUCUGAAAUAUGACUGACUGACUUUUUCUCUGCUAUCUUUUGGUUUAAAAGAAAAAUCUGUCAGUCAAAGGCUCGGUGAGCUGAGAGUUGGCCCGAAGCAACGAUGGUACUGUUGAAGAACAGCGUGAAGACACGUGGUCUUGAGGGACCCUGCGCCGGUUUUAGGGCUGUCUUUAGAGGAGAGACGGCUGAAAAUGACCUCUACACACGAAGCACUAAACAAUGUCAAAGCAUGACCAGAAGGCACAUAUAUAUUGUAGAAUAAAUUAUGUAUAUAUUUUUUUACAAAACUUGAACUUGCAGGCAAGCUUUGGUUGGGUUAUUUGUUGUUCAACUUUUUCCAGAAUGCUUCUCUCUAGGGAACAAGAAUGUUUUUAAUGGCAUAACAAAGGCAAGAAUCUGCCUUAUUAUUAUUAUUAUUAUUAUUUUAUUAUUAUUAUUUUAAGAAAGCUGCUGCUAACUCCAUGGACACAAAUUGUAAUUUUUUUGUGGCCGUGUAGUUUUUUUUUCUUUUUCUUUUGUUUGUAAUUAAAAAAAAAAAAAAAAGACGCCAGCAUUGAACUUUGUGGGCUGAAACGCUCACAGUCACACUUCAAAGAGGCCAAUGCUGCCGUGUAUCUGAACUUUUUUCGAGGCCAGUAGUUUGAUAGCUAGAAUCAAUUUCUCUCUCUUUCCAGUUACAUAAGGGGCAUUAUGUAACAUAAAACCAAUUGGUAGCCUCCAGCAAUUUUUUUUGGAAGGGGAGGAGGGAUAGAGUUUAAUUAUCUCAAAAUUAAGUUAAAACUACCUAAAUGGAUACCAAAGAAAAUGCACAGUUUUGCACAGUGGAGUUUAUUUAAAUGAAACAGGCUGCUUUAAACCAACAAAUUUUGAACCUCAGAUUUUUUUUUGAAAGGGCCUCAUUUUGCACCUUAUUCAGAAAAUUAGAGUGUAAUACUCAUAUCUAAGUAAGCAAGACGUUUUUCCCCCUCUGUGGGAAAAUGAGCUCUCUCUUUUUUAUUCUUUUUAUAAGAAGGAAAAGAGAGGCGGGAGAGGUGGAGGAGCAAACAUCUGUUCUUUCCUGUUAGGAAAACGCCAACAGGGCUACAGCAGAAGGUCAAGUGUUAUUCUAAAACACAUUCCAAAACUGCUUCUAGAACGUAGAGCCCUCUUCCAGCUGACCCAGCGUUCUGAGAACUGAGCCAUCAAACACGCUGCCGGCUGUUAUUACGUUUCCAGUUCAACUAGGCUAGGGACAUGCAAAGCUGCUGAUCUGCGCUGGAGGCUAACUCUACUGGAGCAGGCAUUUAGGCUUAGGUGAGCCGAGCAACAUGCAAAUCUCUGGGGAGGAGGCGAGAGGAAAAAAGGGAGAGGCCGGGAGGAAAGUUCUAACAGGGCAAUCUGAAAUUGCACCGGGAUUCGAAUGUUUGGGGGAAACGUUUCCCUUUGGCAGGCCACGGGUGUCAGAGCCGGUGUGCUCUGGAUCAUUGGGAAAAAGGAUGAUUUGAAGCGAAUACUGUAAAAGAGUUCCCUUUCCCACUUCCUUUUUAUCUGUAAACAUCGACUGGGCUGUCCGAGGUUGAGAUCUGUCACUACAUCUUGGGACCUUAUGACAUGCCAUGGCUCUAAUAGUAUUUUGGUUCCCUUUGUCAUGAAUGCUUUACUGUUUUCUGUGCCUCUACGAUCAAGCAUAUAAGCUGCACACGAAGGUUCCUCACCUGUUAAUCUUCCUCAAGGAAUAGAGAGUGGUGUUUGGGGACGAUAGAUUCUAGUCAACUCUUUUACAGUAUUGGAUCACUGUAUGCCAUUAAAAAACAGCUUGUUCUAUGUCUAAUGUCUUCUGCAAAUGGACAUCUGUGAAGGCCUGUGGCCCCUUACAGCCCUGCCUGAAGGAAAUGCCUGCAAUGAUAUGGUGGUUCCUGAGAAAAUGGUAUUUACAGUAACCUGAGGAGGUGGGUUCUAAAACUGUGGAAAUUUUACAUUGUAAAGGUAGCUCUGGAUAUUAAAAAGGGCAGAUGGUAUUUAAAUACAAAUACUAAAACUAUUUAUGGGUGGGUGGGGGGAAAGGGUGUUAAACCCACAUAGCAACUUGAACAGAAUGCUACUUGUGCUGCUAUUGUGAUAUUCUUGUAAAGGAAAACAACUAAACCAAAGAGUAUUCCGUGAAAUGUAAAACAAAUGAAGAUGCAAUCAGAGAGGGAGGACAUGGGGGAAGGAGGUGGCAAAAAGAGAAUCCUUUCCCCAAUUAGUUUACUCCAAAAUACACAGUGCCCCGCUUAGAAGACUUCAAACAUCAGAGCCAGGGACAGGAGAUAAGGGGAAAAAAUAAAAAAGCUUCUGAUGAUUUCUUUAAGAAAAAAGGAAACAAAACAGAAAAAAAAUCUGAAGUUUCUGGUGCACAGUUUUUUCCAAGUCACACAUUUUUCAGAAAUGUUUUUAAAAUGUACAUUUUAUAAAGUUGAUCAAGUAUUUUCGUAUUCAAAGCCAAAUGUAAAUAGAAGUCUGUAAAGGAGAAGAAGAAAACCAGAAAAAUUAAAUAAAUCCAUAGAAACUAUAAAUUCAGUUCAGCAAUUUCUGCUAGCGAGUACCUAGAUGCUACCGGUUAGCAUGGUUUUAGCAAGUACUUACAAGCCUUAUAGGGUCCCUAAUGCUAUGAACUUCUGUUAUUUAUUUAAGCAUGGACUUUUAAUUUGAAACUUUUUCCCCCUAGUUACUGGCAUUUUUAAAAGUUACAAGCUUUCAGAUUGCGAGUCUUGUUGAGAGUGGAUACUUAGGUCAUUCAUUGCACUCUCUGCUGGAUUUAUUUCAUUUUUAAAUAACCCUUUGUCUCUACCGACUGAAUCUAGCAUUGCAGAUUUGCACUCGGCCUUUGGCUGAUGGAAGCUGCUACGAAAGAGACCUGACCUGCAAUGUGUAUCUCAUGGUACCUGCUCCAACCCUGGUUCAUCUCUCAAAAGGCUUAAAUAUAUUUCUGAACAUGCCUUGAUAAGCCCAGUCCUGGUUGCACGGUUGUAGGGUUGGUUAAUUAUUAUUAUUUUUUCUUCUUUAAGGCAUGCAUAGUGACUGACACUAUUCAUACUUACUGGGCCAAAUUCAUGUCUCACGGGCUAUCCAAAUGCUUGGUGAAGCAGAUGGAAGUCUUUCUGUUGGCUAAGGUUUUGGAUCAGGCCCUGAAGCUAUGGCAUGACCCCAAAGAUGAAGUUGGUUCGGUGUCUUUAAUGUCUACCACAGGCGGUUUAUGUAUUUUGCUUCAGGAGUUGGGGGGGAAAUGAGUGAUUUCUGCCCUUCCCUGAAAAUACUUGAAUAAAGACUUAAUGUCUGAAACAUAAUACCGCCUACAAGGACAAAAGGCAUUUGUGAGACAGCUUGGGCUGCGUUGUUAUUUCCCUCUGCUGUCUCUUAGGUGCAACUUGGUGUUUGGCUAAGUCGCAAAGGUGGACAGCACAACAUUUUCGUUGUGUUUAAGGCUACAUUCUCUCACUCAUGGUCAAUAUCUGCGGUGUUAGCUUAGCACUUGUUCUCUCUUGGCAAAGACAAAGGGUUUGUACGUUUUAUUUGGUCUCUUAGGUCCUUUUUUGUUUCCAUAUUGGAUGACAAGGUAAAACCGAGAAGUACUGUAUUGUCGUUAAACUACGGCUGCUCUUGACCGUUUCAAGGCAGAAGGGGGUUGCAGAGCUGCCAUCCCACCGCCAAGUAAGAAUUUCAUUUUACAAUGACAUUGGGUCUGCAGCUAUUGUAAGGUGAACAAUCGAGACAUUUGGCAAUUGUCCAUUUACUAUUUUCCUGUUUGCAGCCUUUUUGUAUCAACGUCUUCCUAAUGUACUGCACAAAUCAUGGAUUGUACAGAUUUUUAUAUAUUAUGUCUUAUUUUAUUAUUUCUAAAUAAUAAUAAUAAUAAAAAAA